AUGAGUGAUAAACAUGGAACAGCCAUCGAACACUUCGACAAUCUUUCCACAAAGUACGAAGUAUUGACUGGAGGCUGUACGCGUGAGCUUGCCCGCUACCUCAUCGGCAUAGCCCCCUCUUUUGCAGCAGACUCCAAAGUUCUCGACAAUGCGUGCGGCAACGGAAUCGUCGCUCAAGAGAUCUUGUCCAAGAAUCCCAAUGUGCCUCUCAGCAUCGCCUGCACAGACGGUGCAUCCGGGAUGGUAGACCUAGCACGCCAUGCAGUCCAAGUGACGAAAUCAGCGGUGACCCUUUCCUUCGACGUCGUGCCAGGCGAAAAUCUUACCUUCCCGGACGAUCACUUCACACACUCGAUCACGAAUCAGGGUAUCCUAUUUUUCAAAGAUGGUGUAAAAGGCGCCCAGGGGAUAUACCGCACGCUCAAGCCAGGGGGAAUUGCUAUAGUUACGACAUGGAAGGAUUUGGGCUAUAUGAAGCCCAUCCACCAAGCGCAGAAAGUCGUCAAGCCCGACGCUGCCCUGUUCCGUAUCCCGAUUUCCGAAGACUGGUUCUCCGCCGCGUAUCUUGAGAAGACGUUGAGCGAAGCGGGACUUCAGGACGUCAAAGUACAUGAGAAGAAGGUGCAUUAUGCGGCGAAGAGUGUGGAGGACAUAUGUGGCAACUUGGUGAAUCUGUUUAGUCCGUUUUUGAAGGGGUGGAGUGAUGAAGAGAUUGUGGAGUUUAAAAAGGAACUUAAGAGCGCUGCUGAGAAGGUGGCUGUCAAAGUUGAUAGGCCAGUGGUUGGCAAGGAGGGAGAGGUGGAGGAGGUGGUGGGCAUUGAGAUGAUUGCGUUGGUUGCUGUUGCGAGCAAGUAG